AUGGAAUCAGCUACAACAGGACGUAGCACGCAGGCUGUGGCCAUCCCCGUGCUAUCCUCUAUUGCGAUUGUUGUCAGUAUUCCUCCAAUCAUCUUACACUGGAAGAACCGCAAUUUCCCUGCUACUGCGCUCAUUUGCUGGUUUCUGAUCCUCAACAUCUUUAACGUUAUCAAUGCGCUUAUCUGGCCAACCGACGAUGUCGAUUCAUGGUGGGAUGGUCAGGGUCUUUGUGAUGUCGAGGUCAAGGUGAUGAUAGCGAGCUAUGUUGCCGUACCCGGGACUCUGGUGUGCAUCUUCCGAAGCUUGGCCUCUGUGCUCGACACUAGACGUGCUAUGCUUGUCCCCAACAACAGCCAACGUUGGCGUAACCGUCUGAUGGAUACCUCAUUCUGUGUGGCCAUCCCAGUGGUUGCAAUGAUUACACAUAUUAUCUACCAAAGGAGCCGGUACCUGAUCUUCGGUAUUUCAGGGUGCGUCAAUAACUUCGAUCAAAGCUGGGUGAGCCUUGUGCUAUCGUUCAUCUGGCCUCCUAUAAUCUGCCUUCUGGCUGCUUUCUAUUGCGGCAUGACCCUUUAUCGCCUUCACAAAUAUCGAAGCCAGUUUGGGGACAUACUCAACUCCGCCAACAGCCAUCUGAGCAAGUCCCGAUUCCUGCGUCUAUUUUUCCUUGCGUUCAUCAUGCUUAUGACGAUUCUGCCAAUUCAGUCUUACGUUGUCUAUCGCAACCUUACGUACAAUUUGCCCUGGCAUCCAUACUCAUGGAGCCUCCUCCAUGGGCCACAGUCACAAUGGAGCAUUAUCCUCAAGAUUCCAGCCCAAGGUCAAGUCUUCUUUGACCGCUGGAUUCCUAUCGCUGCAGGAUACGUGCUCUUCAUCUUUUUCGGAUGCUGCAACGAUGCUUUGAGACUGUACCAAUCCGCCCUUUGUCUCCUGGGCUUGGGAAAUUGUCUUGCUGGUUUGCGCCUUUGGUCGCAAGGGACCUCGGCAUCCAUCACUGAAGGGUCUACAGCAAGUCGUGCGAGGUUGCUCUUUUCUAGGAAGCAGUCGUCUGCAACUGGAACAACGACCGACUCGACCACGACCGGGACGGCCAGCUACAGCCAUGACGAUAUUGAAAAGGGUGCCAUGCCCCGGCAAGAGAGUCCCUCUACAUGGCUCUCGCUUCCGAGGUCUCUCUUGAGCCGCACAUUCCUUUCAAUCCGGAAAACAACGCCCUCUGUCCCGGAAUUUUCGGUUCCGGCUACCACAAUAUCCACCAACGCCUGGGCCGGUACGAGCCAAAGCCGUGGAAGUAGUGACUUCACAAGCGCCCCAGUUGGACCGGAUACUAUUCGCGUUAAGCAAGUUAUUAGUCAAGAGAGUGAGCUGCAGGUGUAA